ACUCAGUCAUCAGUUCAUGCUCUCCUCCUCCACCGAGAAAUAGACCACAAUGGGGCCUAAGACAAGAUAGCAUCAGAGGAGUCAGCAUGUGGGACAGCAGUCCCGCCCUUUCCUCCGUACCUUGACCCGGACACUAGCUGUACCUUUCUUUACCGCUUCUUCACGCUUGCACCUGCACCCCUACCCUUCCCAUUUAUAAAUUCUCACCACCUUCUCCUCUUUGCUCUGCCCCCAUUCCCCACUAGCAAGACGCUACUAUUAUUAGUUAAGUAUUAGAGAGAGUUGGUAGAACUACUAACCGGUAACCAAUUCUCUUAUCCAUCCCCACUUUCCCCAAACCUGGUUUAUAAUUAAGGAAAAUCUUUGUGGUUCCCAAUCUCUUCGUGUCAAAGCUUCAAUCUUUUGAUUUUUUCCGACCCUCGAUGAGGGGAGUAGGGCGCUUAUUGAGUGGCAGUAAAGACAAUUGUUUGAGCGAUGGAAAGUCCAGAUUAUUCACCUCCUCAUGUGGACGCUUCACGGCCGUCUCUGGGAUUCCCUCUUGGCACAGCCCUCCUCCUGAUCGUCAUUUUCAGCUUGAGCGGUAUCUUUUCCUGCUGCUACCACUGGGACAAGCUCCGGUCCUUCCGCCGAUCUCUCCCCGGCGCCACGGAUCUCGAGGAAGAUGGUGUUCAAGACGCCUCGAAACCUAAACUUGCCCACAUGAACAUGAAGCAGAAUCAAAACCAGAGCUUGCCAGUACUAAUGCCCGGUGAUCAAAUUCCGAAGUUCAUUGCAAUGCCAUGUCCAUGCGAGCCUCCGAGACUGGAGAAAAUAGUUGUGGAGGUGCCCAAGAAGCCGCCUAAGCCACCGCGAAUGGCGAUCCCUUUGUACUAGAGAGCUCUCUCUCUGCUCCUACCUAUUUCAUGUACAGUACUGAAGAAAUUUUAUUACUCCAAUAGUAACUAAAAAAAUCAUUUUGCUUA